CUAAUCUGUCACUCCUCUUCUCUCUUCCCAAACCCUAAUCUUCAGUUUCCUCCUUCCCCCAACCUACAAGAUGAGAGAGAUCCUCCACAUUCAAGGUGGUCAAUGCGGAAACCAGAUCGGAGCUAAGUUCUGGGAGGUUGUGUGUGCUGAGCAUGGGAUUGAUGUCACCGGGAAGUAUACCGGAGAUUCUGAGCUUCAGCUCGAGAGGAUCAAUGUUUAUUACAAUGAGGCUAGCGGCGGUAGGUUUGUUCCACGAGCGGUGCUCAUGGAUCUGGAGCCAGGGACGAUGGACAGUCUUAGAUCUGGAGCUUAUGGGCAGAUCUUCAGGCCUGAUAACUUUGUGUUUGGUCAGUCUGGUGCUGGUAAUAAUUGGGCCAAGGGACAUUAUACUGAAGGUGCUGAGUUGAUCGAUUCGGUUCUGGAUGUUGUUAGGAAGGAGGCUGAGAAUUGUGAUUGCUUACAAGGUUUCCAGGUCUGCCAUUCUCUUGGAGGUGGCACAGGGUCUGGGAUGGGAACUCUUUUAAUUUCAAAGAUCAGGGAAGAGUAUCCAGACAGAAUGAUGAUGACUUUCUCUGUAUUCCCAUCUCCAAAGGUUUCAGAUACUGUUGUGGAGCCUUACAAUGCCACCUUAUCUGUUCACCAACUUGUUGAAAAUGCCGAUGAAUGUAUGGUUCUUGAUAACGAGGCAUUGUAUGAUAUUUGCUUUCGAACACUCAAGCUGACGACCCCAAGUUUUGGUGAUCUAAACCAUCUUAUUUCCGCCACAAUGUCUGGAGUCACCUGCUGUCUAAGGUUUCCUGGGCAACUCAACUCUGAUCUCCGGAAACUUGCUGUGAAUCUCAUCCCAUUCCCGCGUCUCCAUUUCUUCAUGGUUGGUUUCGCUCCUCUCACAUCACGUGGAUCCCAGCAAUACCGUGCCCUCACUGUCCCUGAACUCACUCAACAAAUGUGGGAUGCCAAGAACAUGAUGUGUGCUGCUGACCCACGACAUGGCCGUUACUUGACGGCAUCUGCCAUUUACCGUGGAAAGAUGAGCACCAAAGAAGUCGACGAGCAGAUGCUAAACGUCCAAAACAAGAACUCGUCAUACUUUGUGGAGUGGAUCCCGAACAACGUGAAGUCCACCGUCUGUGAUAUCCCACCAACAGGUCUAAAGAUGGCAUCAACCUUCAUCGGGAACUCAACAUCCAUCCAAGAAAUGUUCAGGCGUGUGAGUGAACAGUUCACUGCCAUGUUCCGCAGAAAGGCUUUCUUGCAUUGGUACACCGGUGAAGGUAUGGAUGAGAUGGAGUUCACUGAGGCUGAAAGCAACAUGAACGAUCUCGUUUCCGAGUAUCAGCAGUACCAGGAUGCAACAGCUGAUGAGGAGGGAGAGUAUGAGGAAGAAGAGGAGUACGAUGAAGCUUAAGUAUGAUGCGAAAGCAAAUGGGUUUUUAUGUAGGUGGAGGUUUUGGUUAAGUAUCAGUGGUUGUAAUCUCAACUGCCAUUUUAUCCAAACACAAGUAGUAAUGAGAAACAGGGUUUUGGGAAAAAACAUUUGUGUGUAAUUUGGAUCAUAAGUAAUGUUUUCUUUUGUUGUUAAGUUUGAUUUGGGUGUUUAUUGCUGGUA